UUGGUUUCUUCACUUUCACUUGAUGGAGAAGCUCUUCUUUCUCUUCUCUCAGCAGCUGGUCCUUCUACAAAAGCAGCCUCUUCAAUCCUCUCUUCAUGGGACCCUUCAAGCUUAACUCCAUGUUCAUGGCAAGGCAUUACUUGUUCUCCUCAAAACAGAGUUAUCUCCCUCUCUUUACCAAACACUUUCCUCAAUUUGUCUUCUUUACCUCCACAGCUCUCCUCUCUCUCUUCUCUUCAACUCCUUAAUCUGUCCUCCACCAACAUUUCAGGCACCAUCCCUCCUUCCUUUGGCCAGCUCACUCAUUUGCGGCUUUUAGACCUCUCUUCAAACUCCCUCAUUGGCUCCAUUCCUCCGGAACUCGGCCAGCUCUCAUUGCUUCAGUUUCUUUUUCUGAACUCCAAUAGACUUUCCGGAAGAAUCCCUCCUCAGCUUGCCAACCUCACUUCACUGCAAGUCUUUUGCUUACAAGACAAUGUUCUUAAUGGUUCAAUCCCAUCUCAAUUGGGGUCUCUUGUUUCUCUUCAAGAAUUUAGAAUUGGGGGCAAUCCAUAUUUAACAGGAAAGAUUCCUCCACAGCUUGGACAACUCACAAAUCUCACAACAUUUGGAGUUGCAGCCACUGGACUUUCUGGUCUGAUUCCACCUACGUUUGGUAACUUAAUCAAUCUUCAAACUUUAGCUCUUUAUGAUACUGAGAUUUUUGGUUCAAUACCCCCUGACCUUGGGCUGUGUGUGGAGUUGAGAAACUUGUAUUUGCAUAUGAAUAAGCUCACUGGUUCAAUACCCCCUCAAUUGGGUAAGCUGCAGAAACUUACCAGUUUGCUUUUAUGGGGCAAUGCUUUGUCUGGACCGAUUCCGGCUGAGUUGUCAAAUUGUUCAGCACUUGUUGUGUUUGAUGCUUCUGCUAAUGAUCUUUCUGGUGAAAUUCCUGGUGACUUGGGGAAGCUAGCGGUUCUUGAGCAGCUUCAUUUGUCUGAUAAUUUGCUCAAUGGUUUGAUUCCAUGGCAGUUAAGUAAUUGUUCUAGCUUAACAGCUCUCCAGCUUGAUAAGAAUCAAUUAUCAGGUGCUAUUCCAUGGCAAGUUGGUAAGUUGAAGUACUUGCAGAGCUUUUUUAUGUGGGGUAAUGCAGUGUCGGGAACGAUACCGUCCUCUUUUGGCAACUGCACAGAGCUAUAUGCUCUUGAUCUUUCGAGGAACAAGCUUACUGGGUCAAUACCGGAGGAGAUUUUCAGCUUGAAGAAGCUGAGCAAGCUUCUGCUUCUAGGGAAUUCAUUAUCUGGAGAAUUGCCGCGAAGUGUAGCGAAUUGUCAGUCAUUAGUGAGAUUGAGGCUGGGGGAAAACCAGCUUUCCGGGCAGAUUCCGAAAGAGAUUGGUCAGUUGCAGAACUUGGUCUUUCUUGAUUUGUACAUGAACCAUUUCUCUGGUGGUCUGCCCUUUGAGUUUUCCAAUAUUACAGUUCUUGAGCUACUGGAUGUGCACAAUAACUACAUUACUGGAGAAAUUCCAUCUCAGUUAGGGGAGCUUGUGAAUUUGGAACAGCUUGAUCUCAGUAGAAACAGCUUUACUGGGGAAAUUCCUGAAAGUUUUGGAAACUUCAGUUACUUGAGCAAGCUCAUUCUCAACAACAAUCUUCUUACGGGGUCAAUUCCGAAAUCCUUUCGGAAUUUGCAGAAACUUACUCUGCUUGAUUUGAGCUAUAAUAGCCUAUCCGGUCCAGUUCCACCGGAAAUUGGUUAUGUGACAAGCUUAACUAUCAGUUUGGACUUGAGCUCAAACGCGUUUACAGGAGAGCUCCCGGAAACAAUGUCUAGCUUGACACAGUUGCAAUCGCUCGAUAUUUCACAUAAUAUGCUAUAUGGCAAAAUCAAAGUUCUGAGUUCCCUUACUAGUCUCACUUCCUUGAAUAUCUCCUACAAUAACUUUUCAGGUCCUAUUCCUGUCACAACAUUUUUCAGAACUCUAUCUUCAAAUUCAUAUCUUCAGAACCCCAAUCUGUGCGUAUCCACCGAUGGGUCUACUUGUUCUUCAAGUCUCAUUCGAAAAAAUGGAUUGAAGUCUGCUAAAACUAUAGCUUUGAUUUCUGUGAUCCUGGCUUCAGUGACCAUAUCUGUUAUUGCUUCAUGGAUUUUAGUUACUCGAAAUCAUAGGUACAUGGUGGAGAAAUCAUCGGGAGCAUUGCCUUCUUCUUCCGGAGCUGAAGAUUUCUCCUAUCCAUGGACUUUCAUUCCCUUCCAGAAACUCAACUUCACUAUUGACAACAUCCUGAGUUGCCUGAAAGAUGAAAAUGUAAUUGGCAAAGGCUGUUCUGGGGUCGUCUACAGGGCUGAAAUGCCCAACGGGGAUUUGAUUGCUGUGAAAAAGCUCUGGAAAACAAAAAGAGAUGAAGAACCAGUUGACUCUUUUGCGGCUGAAAUUCAGAUUCUUGGACACAUUAGGCAUAGAAACAUUGUCAAGCUCCUUGGUUAUUGUUCCAAUAAAAGUGUUAAGCUUCUACUUUACAACUACAUUUCCAAUGGUAAUCUACAACAGCUGUUGCAAGGAAAUCGGAACUUGGAUUGGGAGACGAGGUACAAGGUUGCUGUCGGUUCAGCUCAGGGUCUAUCUUAUCUCCACCAUGACUGUGUUCCCGCUAUUCUUCACAGAGAUGUCAAGUGCAAUAACAUACUUCUAGAUUCGAAAUUUGAGGCUUAUCUAGCAGAUUUUGGAUUGGCAAAGUUGAUGAACUCCCCAAAUUACCACCACGUGAUGUCCAGAGUUGCCGGUUCUUAUGGUUAUAUCGCCCCAGAGUAUGGAUACACCAUGAACAUAACCGAGAAGAGUGAUGUGUACAGUUAUGGAGUGGUUUUGCUCGAAAUCCUAAGUGGCCGGAGCGCAGUCGAGUCCCAUGUGGGUGAUGGGCAACAUAUAGUCGAAUGGGUGAAAAAGAAAAUGGGAAGCUUCGAACCAGCGAUAUCUAUUCUAGAUACCAAACUCCAAGGUUUACCGGAUCAAAUAGUGCAGGAAAUGCUUCAAACACUAGGCAUUGCAAUGUUCUGUGUGAAUUCUUCGCCUGCAGAGCGACCGACAAUGAAGGAAGUCAUUGCAUUAUUAAUGGAGGUGAAGAGCCCUCCUGAAGAAUGGGGCAAGACUUCUCAACCUCUAAUAAAACAGUCCUCAAAUCAAAGUUAGAUUUCUGGUUAGUUUUGUUAUAAUUCUUGGCUCUUUUACUUUUUUAGUUCUUUCAAGAACAUUAGUAAUUGAGUUUCUUUCUCAUCCAAAGAUAAAAGAGAGUGUUGUAACUAAGGAAAAUGAGAGGAGGAAGAGCAGCUUUAGAUGGUGAUCUUGGGGUUUUCUUGUACAGUUUUAGAAUGAUCAAUGUGUUUUGUUUGUUUCUUGUUUUCCUGGUGCAACUUCACCAUGUUUUUUUUAUCUUUCCCUAUUUCAUGUUACUCAUUUCCUGAA